AUGGCUUUGAAGAAUGUUUUGAUUGCAUUCAUAGCUCCACUCCCUUCAAUCAUCUUCUACAUUUACUUCCUAAAUAACCACCAAAAUGAUCACCAUAUUCUUUCCCCUCUCUGGAACUGGUGCUAUCACCAUCCUCUCAUCUUAGCUAACACCCUCUUCUUCCUCAACAUCGAUGUCGGUUUCUGGCUCAUUAGCCUCCUACAAUCCAGCAACUGGAUGAUAGAUUUAUAUUGGACAGUGAUUCCGGUGAUGUUGGUGCAUUACUUUUGGAGUCACCCUGGUGCAGAAUAUAACUUGUGGCGGUCGAUGGUGGUGGUGGUUUUGACAUGGGUUUGGGCUAUUAGAUUGACUCAUAACUACUUUCGUCGGGAGAAAUGGCAAUGGGGCGCAAGAGAAGAUUGGAGGUUCACAGAUAUGGCUCGACAGCACGGCCAAAACUGGUGGUGGGUUUCGUUCUUUGGUGUUUACCUCAUUCAACAGGUAUUUCUAUUUGGAGUAUGUCUACCCUUGUAUAUAGUUCACUCGAUCAACAAGCCACUAAACAUAUGGGACAUAACUGCAUUAGUUGUUUGCAUUUGUGGCAUCAUCUACGCCUAUUUCGCCGACACUCAACUUCACACAUUUGUGAGCAUGAAUGAAAAACUGAAAAAGGAAGGAGAGGCCAUCGUGCCCAAUCUCGAUGAAGGCUUGUGGUAUUAUUCUAGACACCCAAACUAUUUUGGCGAACAACUAUGGUGGUGGGGACUUUCCAUGUUUGGUUGGAACCUAGGUGGCGCUUGGGUCUUUGUUGGUGCGCUCAUAAACACCUUGUGUCUAGCUUAUGUGACUACACUUGUGGAGAAAAGAAUGCUUAAAGAAGAGUAUAGAGUUGAAGCCUAUAAGAUGUACCAACAAACAACAUCUAUUUGGAUACCUUGGUUUAAAUCACCCCUAAAACAAUUGCCAAAGGAAAAGGAUAACUAAAUUUUACAAUCAAGUGAGAUACACGCCAUCUUGACAUAUAUUUCAUAUAAUUUGUACUUCUAUUCUACCUCGUUGAGUAUGUUCAGUGGCGGAUCUAGGAUUCCGACCAAGCAGGAACGUUUUAUAAAUAAGCGGUAACGAAAUCAA